UCAAAGAAGAAAAAAAAAACACUCAUUUGAAAACUUUCAUGCAAAUCAUGGACGCACAAAAAGUUAUCAUCAUCUUUUCCCUCUUUAUUUCUCUAUCAUGUGCUACCAAUGUGGUUGAUUUUUGCGUAGCGGAUCUCAGUUUUCCCGUUGGACCAACGGGAUACCCUUGUAGAAAUCCAGCUAAACUUACUGGAGAUGAUUUUGUUUAUUCUGGUCUAACUGUUGCAGGUAACGGGUCAAACAUUUUCAAACUCGCAACAAACGUAGCAUUUGAUGUGACAUUCCCGGCUUUGAAUGGUCAAGGGCUUUCCAUGCUCCGAGCAGAUAUUGGUGUAGGUGGAGUUGUCCCACUCCACUCACAUAGAGUAACGGAACUAAUAUAUAUGGUGGAAGGUACAAUGAUAUCCGGUUUUAUAAACUCGGAUAACAAACCGUACUUUAAGACGUUGAAUAAGGGAGAUAUUAUGGUGAUACCACAAGGAUCUUACCAUUUUGCCAUUAACACCGGCAAAACUCCGGCAAUUGCAACGGCUACAUUUAGUAGUGCAAAUCCAGGGAUUCAUGUUGUAACCACAUCAAUAGCUGGCAGCAACUUACGCACGGAUGUUAUUCAGAAGAUCACUUUGUUAGAUGCUAGGCAAAUCCUUCAGUUGAAAAAGAUCUUUGGUGGCUCCAAUUAAUUAAUUUAGUUAUUAAACAUGUGCUGCUGACAC